ACGCAGGGGCUUUCCUCGGUGACGUGAAUGGAAAAGAGUCUCGAGCUGCGGACAUAAUCUGAGCAAUAUCGCGUUCAGGACAGGAAAAAAAAGGGCUGACAUCUUCCCCACGAACUGAUUCUCGGGGAAUGUAGUAGCGGAUGCCUCUAGGGUGAGAUUUGUCAAAUUUACAGGACAGUUGGUUGGAUGUACACGGUGUACAAUAGCACCGCAGCUCACUGUGUUCCGCCCUAUUCUGCUUCACUUGCUCUCAGUAACGUUAUUAUCAGAUCCAUCUGUACGACCAGCCGAUUCAGAAGAAGAGAACCGCUAGCUGGAGCACACACAUCUCGGCUCUGCAAGCAAGAGAAUUUAGCGGAGCCAAAAGACGACAAGCCCUCAAAAAGGAUUACAUUAUCUGGAGCCAGAGUCUUUUCUUUUUUACUAACAACUUGAACUUCCUAGUUGUCUUUAAAUGCCUUAUAUUUAAUUGACAGUAUCUGUCAGUUUGGUAGUUGUAACACAUUUGGGGUGCAACAGUUUUCUUUGUUUCAUUUUCUUUUUCUAUUUACGAGAACAUUUUUGGAGUGAAAGGACUUUCCCUCCCCCGUCCUUUUCCCAUUUUGGCUCACUUAAUCUAGUUACCUUUGCGUUUAUUGUUUAAACACGAAUCCUUGUUGUAGUUAUGACUUCAUAAACGGAAUGUUCCUAACGGGUGAACUAACUGGAAUUUGUUGAGACCUUGACAAACAUUCUUUUGUGUAUCGGGAGUGUCCGUGUCCUUGAGGUUUGGAGCUUCGUUGAAAUUACAUUCCGUGGACGGAACUGAAAAGCUUCACACAAACUCCUCUAACCCAAACUCGCUGACCUCCCGUAAGGAAUCAAGUGGGAGAACAUUACACGAAAUGGGAUCCGAAAAGGACUCCGAAUCCCCCCACUCCUCUGUUAGCGGCAUUCCCAAUCCGAAAUGCCGUGGGCCGGGCAAGAAGCAAGGCAGGAUCUCUUUUCAUAGUCUCUUCCAUGGCAAACGCGGAUCCAGGGGGAACAAGGCCAAUGUGGGAACUCCUCUUGCGCAACCGCUCCAGCAACAGCAGCUGCUCCAGCCCCCCACACCCACCAAUGUUUCAUCAGACUCCUCUACGACAGACCCGGUUGAACCGUUGUCCACUAGCCAGGCCUCUCUGGGAGGUCAAGAACUCCUAGAGUGUCCCCUGUGCCUGGUGCGGCAACCUGCGGAGCAGCUUCCCGAGCUCCAGGGAUGCAGCCAUCGGUCGUGCCUGUGCUGUCUACGGCAGUACCUGCGUAUCGAGAUCACGGAGAGCCGAGUGCAGCUCAGCUGUCCAGAGUGCGCCGAACGACUUGCCCCAAGACAGGUGGCCCUCAUCCUGGAUGAUCCCAGCCUGAUGGAGAAGUAUGAAGAGUUUCUACUGCGCCGCUGUCUGGCAUCGGACCCUGAUUGCAGAUGGUGUCCAGCUCCGGACUGUGGGUUCGCAGUUAUUGCCUCCGGAUGUGCCAGCUGCCCCAGACUGGUGUGUCGAAGAGAAGGGUGUGGUGCCGAGUUCUGUUACCACUGCAAGCAAGUUUGGCAUCCUAACCAGACGUGUGACUCGGCCCGCCAGCAGAGGGCGCUGUCCUUGAGAACGCACAGUAACCAUUCACCCAGCUACACAGGCGAGCAGGGACACGCUGAUGACAUCAAGCCUUGCCCCCGAUGCGGUGCCUACAUCAUCAAGAUGAACGACGGCAGCUGUAAUCACAUGACCUGUGCUGUGUGCGGCUGUGAGUUCUGCUGGCUCUGUAUGAAGGAGAUUUCAGACCUGCACUACCUCAGUCCAUCAGGUUGUACGUUCUGGGGAAAGAAGCCAUGGAGUCGCAAGAAGAAGAUUCUGUGGCAGCUGGGCACUUUGAUUGGUGCACCGGUGGGCAUCACUCUAAUCGCUGGCAUCGCAGUUCCUGCUAUGGUGAUCGGCAUUCCUGUUUACAUUGGACGCAAGAUCCAUUCUCACUAUGAAGGCAAGAAAACAUCCCAUCACAGGAGGAAUCUCGCUAUCACUGGUGGUGUGGCGCUGUCGAUCAUCACGGCUCCAGUCAUCGCUGCUGUCAGCGUGGGCAUUGGCGUCCCCAUCAUGUUGGCGUAUGUGUAUGGUGUUGUGCCUAUCUCUCUGUGCCGCGGCGGGGGCUGCGGUGUGAGCCGGGGGAAAGGACGGGGCGUUAGGAUAGACUUUGAUGAGGAUGGCGGGCCUAUUACAGUUGCUGAUGCAUGGCGAGCGCUGAAGUCUCCCAGCCUGGGCGAGAGCAGUUUGGAGGGAGGAGUCAGCGGCCUCAGCACCACCUCUCCCAGCGAGGGUCUGUCCGUCGCCCCAGGGGGUCUGGGUGACACACCCCACUUCAACACACUCGCAGGAGGAGCACUUGGUGCAAGGACAGGAAAAUACAGCAGGCUGGAGGUGCAAGCAUCGGAGCUGGGAAAGGAAGGUGCUGGAAGGGAGACGGGCAGCUUGGGAGCGGCCAGUGACUGUGCCAGCACUCGGGGCAUGGCAGGAUCAAUCACUUCCUCUUACACCUUACCUGACCGAGAGGGCACUAACCUUGAGAUCCAGGUGGACAUUGAAACGAAACCGAGCCAUCUCUGUCUAACCACUGAAGAGGAUCUGGCUCCGCCCACUGCCCACAUGGCUCCCGGUUUGGGGGAGGGGCCUCAGGACUGCAGCUCCCGCAGGAGCGGGGUUGUCAUGGAUUCCCCUCUGGGCCUGUCGCCAGGGAUGUCACUCAGGGAGGGUCUCCGAGACGUCACCCUCGCUCAGCCGGAAAGCAUCCGCAGCGACCUAGAGAUGUCCGACACACAAUCAGAUGACAUCGCAGAGCUGACGUCCGAUGACUGCGACUCACCCCGCCCCAAGAGCUGCCACGCCGCGCCCCCACCGCAGACCACCUGCAGAGCCUUGAACCCCACCGACAGCCUGCACUGUCCCGACAACGUCAUUCUGUACGUGUGAGAGUCUCUCACCAUUGCACAAAGCCAACCGUUUCUGAGCUUUUGACGCUUAACCCGUUCAUUUGCUGCUUUUUAGAAUUAUCAAAACACCUUAAUAACAUCCAGACAGCUCAAGGAACUGAACUCAUCGCUCUGCUCGCCUGUCCCAUCUGGUUAUCACAGGCACGGACACGUCCUCUACCUCUUCAGAAACUCAUACUGUUAUUCAUCGGUUGGUGUUUACUUCUCGGUGUGGAAAUGCCUUGAGCAACAACAACAAAAAAUCGCCGAAUCGGUACUAUCGCGACCAGAAGAAUUUCCCUAGGAAACAAACAAACAAAUAAAGACAAAUAAUGCGAGUUGUCGCCAAGCACAUGUAUACGUGAAAGGCUUUCGAGUGGUUUGUAUGUUUGUUUUACUUGGAAAUCGUGUGAUUUGCAGCAUGCUAGUAUUGUUUUGGUGGCGCUGGUGUUUGCACAGAAGAACUCACACCGUUAAGACUGAUGGGAGACUGAUCUGAACUUCACUAGCAGACAGUUUGAACUGAAUCACUGACUGCCUGCCUUACAGACAGAGCACAUGCACUCCGAUCCCUAACACUGUCUGUGACUCACUGACAGCACUGUUUGUGCCCUCUUGAGCUGAGACGUGAGAGAUGUGGAUGUUUACCAGUGUUGAUUUUAUUGCUGGGUAUUAAAAUAAUAUAGUAUCAAAGAUGGAACUGCCAUUCACAUGCAUGUCUGCUGUUAUUAAUAUUAUUUAAUUCAGAUUUUUAGCCUAUUUUAUCUCUUUCUUUAAAAACAUUUCUUUUAUGUUUUUUUUUUAAUUCUUUUUAGUUAGUGCAAUCGUAGUUUUUUUAUUUUUUAUGUUGUUUUCCCUGCUAGCUGGAUGCAUGGAUGGAGAGAGAUGGGUCGGAUGGAUGAGCACUCCUGCACUUUAUCCCACUAUUUAUCAUCGUUCAACAUUGUAGGCUUAUAUUUAUGCACUUCCUUUUCUUUUCUUUUUUUUGGAGCUUCUCUGGGAAACAUUUGAAUGGCAGAGUCAUGAUUUUGUUAUUUAAUUUUGGGUAUAAUUGUGACAUGCUAUGCUUUCUGAAUCUCAUAAUUAUCUUUGGCUGCAGAAAGAGAAUCCUCGGUUUUUACAUGUAAUGGUGAAUUAGCUUUGUCUUGUAAUCACAGAAAAAAGGAAUUGUGCUCGUCACAUCUUUUGCUUUUUUUGUUUUGUUUUUGUUGUGUGAAGAUGCUUUCAUGUUUUCAGGUUUAUGAGUGGAUUGUAAAAACUACUUGAUAAAUUUGAACUAUAAACUGGUUAUGGUGAAAUGAGUGUUAACUAAAUUCAUUUACAUAAGCAAUAUGUUUAAAAGGGGUGUUAAAUGUGGCAUUGUUUUGUACAUCCCAACAAAGAGAACUGCGCUGGCUGUGAGUGUUUGAAUCAACAUGAAAAUAAACAUCUCCUCCUUUGUGGCAA